ACUGCGGAGUGGGUACCGGGCUGCGAGGGGUGCCGCAAGUCCUAGCGGGUUUGGACUGGCGCGCCCGGCACUGCCCGUAAGUGCGCGUUUCCGACUUACUGCUGGGUGCGCGGGGCUGGGGGUGUGAGGACCACCCCUGAAGUCUCUUCCCAGGCGACCUCCGGGGCCUCAUUCUAGACCUCCUGGAAGGGAAGAAUCUAAAUUAGGAAAAGGAAGUACCCUUAGCCAGGACCAAGCUCUUCCACCUGCGGAGCUCGCUUAGUCUGCACCUCAACCGUGCAGAAAGUGACUCCUUGUUUACUGAGGAAAAACUGGGGUUCAGAAAGGUGAAGUCAUUUGCUAUGAGCCUUGCAGCUGGAAAGUGACAGAUCUGGAUUCAAAGCGACUUCUGGCUGGCGCCAGAGUCCUUGUCCUUUACAGCACUGGUUCUCAAGCUCUGUGUGCAUUAAGAAUGCCUGGGUUGAGGGUGGCGUUAGGUAACAAAUUCUGGGACUCUUCAAAUUGAGUAGGUCUGGGAUGGGGCUCUGGAAUCUGUAUUUUCGACAGUUGUUCCCUGACAAAUAACAUAUGGCUCCCGAGUGAACGGAGCAAGAAGAUAACCAUGGAGUAGUUUGAAGCAGAAGCAAAAUCUUCCCAAAGCUCGGAACAGAAACCUUUUUGGUCAACAUGGAGGAAAAAAGACGGCGAGCCCGAGUUCAGGGAGCCUGGGCUGCCCCUGCUAAGAGCCAGGCCAUUGCUCAGCCAGCUACCACUGCUAAGAGCCAUCUCCACCAGAAGCCUGGCCAGACCUGGAAGAACAAAGAGCAUCAUCUCUCUGACAGAGAGUUUGUGUUCAAAGAACCUCAGCAGGUAGUACGUAGAGCUCCCGAGCCACGAGUGAUUGACAGAGAGGGUGUGUAUGAAAUCAGCCUGUCACCCACAGGUGUAUCUAGGGUCUGUUUGUAUCCUGGCUUUGUUGACGUAAAAGAAGCUGACUGGAUAUUGGAACAGCUUUGUCAAGAUGUUCCCUGGAAACAGAGGACCGGCAUCAGAGAGGAUAUAACUUAUCAGCAACCAAGACUUACAGCAUGGUAUGGAGAACUUCCUUACACUUACUCAAGAAUCACUAUGGAACCAAAUCCUCACUGGCAUCCUGUGCUGCGCACACUAAAGAACCGCAUUGAAGAGAACACCGGCCACACCUUCAACUCCUUACUCUGCAAUCUUUACCGCAAUGAGAAGGACAGUGUGGACUGGCACAGUGAUGAUGAACCCUCACUAGGGAGGUGCCCUACUAUUGCUUCACUCAGUUUUGGUGCCACACGCAUAUUUGAGAUGAGAAAGAAGCCACCACCAGAAGAGAAUGGAGACUACACAUAUGUGGAAAGAGUGAAGAUACCCUUGGACCACGGGACCUUGUUAAUCAUGGAAGGAGCGACACAAGCUGACUGGCAGCAUCGAGUGCCCAAAGAAUACCACUCUAGAGAACCGAGAGUGAACCUGACCUUUCGGACAGUCUAUCCAGACCCUCGAAGGGCGCCCUGGUGACAUCAGAGCUUUGAGAGAGAAGCUUCACUGAAACGGAGCAAACCUUCCACUGAGAAGCGACUUCAAGAGGCUGGUGCUGCUAGAUCUCGUGAUGUGGCUGUUGGGAAGAUGGUGGGGUUUGUUUCCCAGCUUGGAGUCCUAUUAAAUGAGAGCCAGCAACUCAUGUUGGUAAUAGGUCUACUGUGGGAACAGUUAUCCCGAAUCACAGCUCAAAAUCGCUAUCAUCUUUAGGCAAAUUAAAAUCUAUGUGGCAGUGCUCAUGGAU